UGCAAAUUUACCUUUCAACCAUAACCAUAAUAUUUCAUUCAUUUCACUUUCUCUCACGUUUUUCUUCUCCCCAGAAAACAGGAACUAAAUUAACAACAUUAAAAUAAACAAGUAAUUAAUUACAGAAAAACUACAUGAUCGCCAGAUCUAAGCUCCUUUUUUUCCUUUUUAUUACCUUUUUAAUCUUUCAUAAUCACCCCACUUUUCAUUUUUAAAUUCAUUCUUAAAGAUCCGUUUUUUUCAAGAAUUAAUCAAAAUGUGUAACUGAAACUUCUUUUAAUUCUUUUUUGUUUUUUUUUUCCCCCUUAAAAUUCAAUUUUUAUUGAUAAUUUUCAUUUUUGUAGCUUGUUAAUUCAUCAAAAUAUGUAGAUUGAAAUUGGGUUAGCUUAUUAUUAUUUUUUUCUUCUUAAAGAUUCGAUUUUUAUUAAUAAUUUUAAUUUUUGUACAUUGUUAGUUGUUGAUUGAAAUUGGGUUUGGUUAUUUCUCUUUUUAUUUUCUCUAUUUUGUUUAUAUAUAUACAUAUAUUUUUGGCGGGGAUUUUUUUUUCCUGUAAUAUACCGGAAAUUGCUAACGACAUGAUGGCGUCAUCAUCAUCUCCGCCGCAUACUGUCGGUGGCAGUGACGGCGGCGGCGGCGUAGGAGGAUCGAAUUAUAUACAACACCAAGUUACAAAAUUUGAUACGCUUCCUGGUGUAGCAAUCAGAUAUGGUGUUGAGGUAGCUGAUAUUAAGAGGUUGAAUGGGCUGGUUUCGGAUCUCCAAAUGUUUGCUCGAAAGACGCUUCAAAUACCAUUACCUGGGAGGCAUCCACCAUCACCCAUAGUCUCAAAUGAUCGAGACACCCAAGGACCAAGCAGCUCUGAGCAGACCCCUCCAAUCAAUCGAUACCCUGAUUUCUUAGGUUCAUUUCGAUCCCUGAAGUUGAAGUCAUCCCCCCAGCCAAGAGUUUCACCAGCCAUGAACUGUUUACUAGGCUAUCCGGGUCCUAAACCGGCAGAUCAAAACGUUGCAUCUGAAGGUUUAGAAAUGGCUGUCUAUCGGAAAGGAGUAUCACAUUAUUUAGAAGAUGGACCAUUUGUCAAUGCAAUUCCUCAUCCUAGUCAACCACUCGGUCUUCAUAGGAAAUGUAAAAGUGUAGCUCAUGAUAUGUCAGAGAACGGAGUAAGUAGCACAGAAAAUGGCUCUGAUAAAAUGUUCGAGAAAUUGGCAAGAAGACGACAAAAAUCUGAGGCUGAUUUCAAUUCCCGCACCCCAGAAGUGCUGUUGAAACAAGAUAACACCAGUGGCAGCGCAUUUUCUGCUGCUGCUGGCAAAGGUUUGGCUUUGCGACCUAAGUCAGCCAGUCGAACUCUCUCUGGACCAGAUGCUGAAGCAAGUUCAAUAAAUCCUAUCCCUAUGCCGUUGAACGAUUCUGUUCUGAACGACAGUGCAAGUGUCAGGAAGUCAUCAAGCACAUCGAGUUUGCAGCAGGAAUCAGACACUGGCCCAUUAUCUUCCCUAUGGACAACAACAAAGUGGAAUUUGAAGCCAGAUUUUCAGGCAAUUUCUACUGCUGCAAUUACCAAACCGAUCUUUGAUAGCCUUCAAAAACCAUCUCGAAAAAGCAGCAAGACUGCUGUUGAUUAGCAAUUCUUUCUGCAUAUCUUGUUAGUUCUCCUCUUUAACACAUAGAAACUGAAAACUAGCUAUAGAAGUAAUACACUAAAUGCUUUGCUUAUUGCUAGUAUUUUAUCUUUUUUCUUCCAUUCCUUUUUUGUGCUGCAAAAUUUUGGUUCAUGUCUACCAUUAGCAAAAGAUUAAGUUUAUUCAUAGAUUUGAAAAUUUGUAGCAGCACAUCAAAGAUAACUGUGUAGUAGAAGUUUUUUGUAGCUACAUGGACCUUUUAAAUCCUACAUAUGUUAAUUACAUAUAUAGGUCAAUUUAUGUGUAAUUGAGAGAUCAUUGAUUAUUAAUAUAUUACAUUCUUCUGCA